CUGGCACAAUUCAACUCAUUUAUAGUCGUUGUGAUCUAUCUGGGAUAUUGAUGACUGUUAUAUUAAAAGUUCACGCUUUUAUAUUACUAAUUCUGGUAUAUUUGUUUCAAUACAUUUAAAAUCCCCACAAUAGCCAUAUUUGUUGAUAUAUCGACGAUGUUUCAUUUCGCAGAAAGUCACAUCUUUGGCGUUUGCAUUGACACACGUGUGGACCUUUUGUUCUUUACACGAGGUGGACCUGUUUUUGAUAUCAUGUCAACCGACCUAGGAAAGCCUGAACCGAGGAUUGUCUUACAGGACAAAGCUCAGAUAUUUGACAAAUAUUCCAGUAUGGAUUUGGAUACUGACAACAAGAGGUUGUAUGCAGUCCAAUUCUUGCUUGGAACAAUACUGUCAUGCGACUAUGACGGGGGAAAUAGCCAUGUACACUUCAUAGGAUUGCCUGCAAGCACUAUAACCUACUGGCCUAAAGUCCAAAAACUGAUGCUUCAAAUUGGGAAAGUACUAUGGAGUUAUGGACCAGAUACUUUCCAGAAGACGGUUUACUAUCGCUUACCAAGUUUCAUAUCAAACUUUCUCAUAACUGAACAAGGGAUCGUAUUGUUUGGAAGGCAAAGGUGCUUUGUUCUUUCGGAGAACAAGACGAGAGUCAAGAUCAAUGUAAUAUUCCCUCCUGAUGCAGUGAUUCACAAGACCAUUAUUAUCUGAAAAUAGGUGUCAAUUAUUCAAAUCCCACUUUGUAAUUACAGUGAACUUUGAAGUGACAGGGCCAGACAUGUAUGUUGAAACUGAAGCAUAUGAUUGCACGUUUUUUCGGAAAAUAAGUAUGUUGUGUAACAUUAUGACACCUAUAUAUAUUGUUAUGUGGCGGUAGACACUGUUGAAGAUUUGUUUGUGGUUUUUGUCAGUGGCAGGAAAUUAAUAAACUACAGUAAUAAAUUCCAAUUGUUGUCGUGGAUAGUAUUGAAGAGGUGAGUUUUGUACCAUAGUUUUUAGAGUUGUUUUGUACAUGGACGUAAUAGACUUCAUCGUUCGAAAAGUUUCUGGAUAACACAGUUUUAGAGUGAGUGAGUGAGUUUGCUUUAACGCUGCUUUUAACAUCAUUCCAGUUAUAUCACGGCGUGUCAGCUUAAUGUGGGAGG